AUGACAUUCUUUUCAUUUAAUCUAUCUAUCUAUCUAUCUAUCUAUCUAUCUAUCUAUCUAUCUAUCUAUCUAUCUCAGACUGAUCCCAUCUAUCUAUCUAUCUAUCUAUCUAUCUAUCUAUCUAUUACAUUCUUUUCAUUGGAUCUAUCUAUCUAUCUAUCUAUCUAUCUAUCUAUCUAUCUAUCUAUCUAUCUAUCACAUUCUUUUCAUUGGAUCUAUCUAUCUAUCUAUCUAUCUAUCUAUCUAUCUAUCUAUCUAUUAGAUUCUUUUCAUUGUAUCUAUCUAUCUAUCUAUCUAUCUAUCACAUUCUUUUCAUUGGAUCUAUCUAUCUAUCUAUCUAUCUAUCUAUUAGAUUCUUUUCAUUGUAUCUAUCUAUCUAUUUAUCUAUCUAUCACAUUCUUUUCAUUGGAUCUAUCUAUCUAUCUAUCUAUCUAUCUAUCUAUCUAUCUAUUAGGUUCUUUUCAUUGUAUCUAUCUAUCUAUCUAUUUAUCUAUCUAUCUAUCUAUCACAUUCUUUUCAUUGGAUCUAUCUAUCUAUCUAUCUAUCUAUCUAUCUAUCUAUCUAUCUAUCUAUCACAGUCUGUUCCUAUAUAUGUACUUCUGUAGGUCUGUUCAUAUAUAUCUAUCUCAGCCUAAUCAUAUCUAUCUAUCUAUCUAUCUAUCUAUCUAUCUAUCUAUCUAUCUAUCUAUCUAUCUAUCUAUCUAUCACAGUCUGUUCCUAUAUAUGUACUUCUGUAGGUCUGUUCAUAUAUAUCUAUCUCAGCCUAAUCAUAUCUAUCUAUCUAUCUAUCUAUCACGUUCUGUUAAUCUCUCUUUCUCUCUCUAUCUUCCUUCUUUAUUUUCGUUUGAAGUUUUCAUUUUACUAUUCUUGAUUUAUUUUCGUCUUCUUUCCUUCCAAUUUUAA